AUGAAUGGUCGACUGGCGUCGGCCCAACAAUCACAAUAAAAAGAAAACAUGUUUUUUGAUUAAUGUCUUCAAAUUGGCUGCCAUAAAGCGGGUUUCGUGGCGGCUCCCGGUUUCCCUGGGGACGGGCGGCCUUGUCCGGAUUGUCGUGACUUGGCUUCAGGCGGCUGGUCUGCUUCAUUCCUGGUUUCCGAUCCAAGAUCGGCCUCGCUCACAAUGAACCGGAACCUUUUCUUAUCCUGCUCAGUGCUUCUCCAGGUUCAACGUGUCCCACAACAGCAGGAUAAGAAAGGUUGGAUUGCAGCUGCACUCGACUCAGUCCUAAUGUAGCCUUUGGAAGGUGCCUUGAGUCAGCCACACUGAGCUUUAACGGGAUGUCAGAACUCUUUACUGAGGAAAAGACUUCAGAUUGCUGAAGACUUCAGAUGAUGGAAAGAAAUUCUUGGAGAUGUCUCUGGGUCAGCUUCUGCGGCGUGCAUCUUCAAAAGCCUCUGACCUCCUGACCUUUAAUCAGUCAAGUGGAUCCUCCAGAAUUUUGGAUGGCGAAAUUAUUUACUCGAAGAACAAUGUUUGUGUUCAUCCAUCCGAUGUGCUGCGAGGUCUUGGAGAACACCACCCAGGAUAUUUAUGCAUACAUUUGGAAAAAGAUGAAUUGCUGGGAACAACACUUAUUAUUACUUGGAUCCCAAACACCCGUAUCCAAAGACAAGAUGAAGAGGCUUUAAGGUACAUCACACCGGAAAGUUCUCCCGUGCGGAAAGUACAGCGUAGGAGAUGCCGGCAUACAAAUGCGGCUGUUGCACAUCAAUCUGCAAGCACUUCAGGAAAAACACGAGAAUCGGUUCCACCGCAGGAUGAUGAGAUAAUAACUGUAUCAGAGAGCAUGAUUAAUUCCAUGCAUAUUGGCUCACCAAGAUUAGAGCAGAGCACACCACUUGAUUCCCUCGCUUUGCAAAUCUCCCACAGUACUCUGCAACAAGCUCAUAGUGACCCUCAAAUUUCUUCAACAAUAACAGGCCAGGAUAACCAGAAAGAGCUGGAAAUGCGUGCAGAAGGUCAGGACGGGAUGAGUUCCAGGCGGGAGCAGGGAGAAGAUGAAACAUCGUAUGAUCUAACCACUGAUGAUGUCAGUCGGGAUAGCACCAUUGGCUCAGAUUCUGAUACAUUCUCAAGUCCGUUAUGUUUGUCUCCAGUUGGUGACCCUCUGGCAGAAAGUAGCAGAUCUGUGUUUCUUGCUGCAGAAAACAGGGAGAUGUGCGAAGAACAUAUGGCUAAUUUGGCGAGCUCUAUCUCAGACCAUUUAUCUGAUGCACAGUACACUUUACAGUUUUCUGAGAAUUAUACACAACCUAACAGCACAAAAUGGGAAGAGCAGCAGAAGGUGUUGGCACUUGAGCAACUCUACGGUGUUUUUAGAGUUGAUUUGGGCCAAAUGCGAUCACUGCGCCUUUUUUUCAGUGAUGAAGCUUGCACGUCUGGACAACUAGUCAUUGCUAGCCGUGAAAGUCAGUACAAGAUUUUCCAUUUUCACCAUGGUGGUCUUGAUAAACUUAGCGAAGUGUUUCAACAGUGGAAAUAUUGCACUGAAACGCAUCAGAAGGAUCAGGUGUCUGAUGUAAAGGCUUGCAUGCAGUUCUCAAUAAAACGCCCUAAUUUGCCAUCAUCGGAGAUUCACCCAGAAGAGAAUAUGUAUAAGCGGUUAGAUGUCACUACAUGGUUAAACCAUCUGAAUGAUGCUGGUCAGGUGGAAGAGGAAUAUAAACUCCGCAAGGCAAUAUUUUUUGGAGGUAUUGAUCCUACGAUCCGUGGAGAAGUCUGGCCAUUUCUGUUAAGAUUUUAUAGUUGUGAAUCGACAUCAGAAGAAAGAGAAUCUCUGCGGAUUCAGAAACGUACAGAAUAUGAAGAGAUUCAAAAAAAAAGAUUAUCUAUGACUUCAGAGGAGCAGGAAGAAUUUUGGCGAAAAAUUCAGUUCACUGUCGAUAAAGAUGUGGUUCGGACUGAUCGAUCCAAACAGUUCUUCAAAGGGGAAAACAAUCCCAAUGUGGAAGCUAUGAGAAAUAUUUUGCUGAACUAUGCAGUUUAUAACCCUGAGAUAGGAUAUUCCCAGGGAAUGUCAGAUCUGGUGGCUCCAAUCUUGUCAGAAGUCAGGGAUGAGUCUGACACUUUUUGGUGUUUUGUUGGACUAAUGCAGAAUACAAUUUUCAUCAGCUCACCACGGGAUGAUGAUAUGGAAAGGCAGCUGCUGUACCUGAGAGAGUUGCUGAGAUUGAUGCACCCCCGCUUUUACCAGCACUUGGUGUCCCUGGGUGAGGAUGGGCUCCAGAUGCUGUUCUGCCAUCGAUGGAUUCUUCUCUGUUUUAAACGCGAGUUUCCAGAAGCAGAAGCACUUCGCAUUUGGGAGGCAUGUUGGGCUCAUUACCAGACUGACUACUUUCACCUGUUUGUUUGUGUGGCCAUUGUUGUGAUUUAUGGGGAUGACGUGAUUGAACAGCAGUUAGCAACAGACCAGAUGCUCCUUCAUUUCAGCAACCUGGCCAUGCAUAUGAGUGGGGAAAUUGUUUUAAGGAAGGCACGGAGCCUUUUGUACCAAUUUCGUCUCUUGCCUAGAAUCCCCUGCAGUCUACAUGACUUGUGCAAGCUGUGUGGGACCGGAAUGUGGGACAGUGGAUACAUCCCAGCUGUGGAGUGUACAUUGAAUCACUUAGAAUUUGAUGGCUGCCCAUAUGGAGGGACCUCUGCUACACCAUCUCCAAAAUCAGUACAAGAAGGCAAAAGAGGGGCAAAAGAUGUUUUCACCUUCCUGAGAUAGUCUUUUGAAUUAAUCAUAUUUUAUGCUGAAAUCUACAGUCAUUUACUAAGCAUUGUUUUUGAGUUGGUUUACUUGAUAGAGACUGAACUUGAUUACUUAGUAGCUAUAUAUAUAUUUUAGUAACUAUGAAACUAGUAUUGGUACUACUUUUAUCACAGGACUGUUUUGGGCAUCCUUGAGAUUGAUAUAGUUGCUCAGACUUGAUUUUAGUUAAUCCAAUGUUUCUGAACCUAGGUGGUGUGAGUUGAAAUGGAAAAGCUACAUAAGAAAGGAGCUGAUUUUGACCCGAGCACUUUAACCUGGAAAAACAUAAAUGGAUAUUUUGUGGAUUUCCUCAAGUAGCUUAAAUAUUGUGUUUGAUUGGAAUCAUUAUGGAAAAGAGAAUCGAUUUUCAUACAUUUGCAAUAUUUAUGAUGUGUUGCAAAAAAUGCAGUUUUCUCAUUGAAAGCUCUGUGAAGGUAUAAAUAUGCAGUUUAUUAGACAAAUCCCAUUCAAUGAAAUGUUUCAUUAUUGAUUUAAUUUUUUUUUAAUUUCUGGAACCAAUCAAUGACAGUAUUCUCUGUAAACAUUACUUGGUCUUAUCCCUAUCAAAAAACAAUUCUACCUGAAAUUACAUUCUUCUUGGCACAAAAUUAGCUAAAUGAUUUGCCUUUUUCACACAAUGCCGUUACCUUGUUCUAUACAGUCAACUGAACUACAGCCAAUCUGUGCAUUUGUGACAGUCUUGAGAAUUUAGAUAGUCUUGUAAAAGUAACGCAUAAUGGAACUGUCUUUGAUAAAACUGAAGCACCUUAUUUAUCAGAUUAUCCUGUUUAAAUUGCCACACCCUGUUACAGUAUAAAUAUCAUUAAUUGUGGAACCAGAAAACAUCUUGAAAUCUGUUAGCAUUUCUUAUUGUACAGUUAGACACUACUUUCCAUUUAUCAAAGCAUCUUAAGUCAGUGGUUCUUGAGCUUUUUUAGUUGAAACAUAUCAAUAACACUCAAUAUGAAAUGUUUCAUGAAAAGUGUGUUAAUAAUGCUGAAAAUAGAUGUUUUCUUAACAGAUAUCAGCGAGAUGACUGUGCCUGUUUCUCACUGCAAUCUGUCAAUACUUAAUGUUUGACAAUGACAUUCGUAAGUUAUUCUCCAAUUUGAAAUUAACCAGUACUUUUUAUUUUUAAAUGCUGCACUCAUUUCUUAACAUUGUUUUGUAGAUAGUUGAAUUCACAGGUUUGGCCUUCUGUUUGGACAUAAAAUUCAUAGUUCUCUUGUCUACAGUUGAACAAUGCAAUUCAAACCCGUCCUUUUUCAAGUAAUGAUUUUGAAGAUACAAAAUAGAAUGUGCCACAAUUACUUACAGCUUAACAGCAUUUUUUCUUGCAGCACCAUGCCUACUGCUUACCAUGGUAUCAAUACUAUCUAUGCCAACAGCAACUCGCUACUCCUACUUGAGCAAUUUUGAUUCCACUAAAUUAUCCAGUUACUUGAAUAUUUCUUCAGCUGUUGAAAAUUCUGGUAAAGCCUCAUAAACAAGAAAAUCUUUCAAAAUGUUCCCUACUAAAUCAUAGUGCUGCAGUUGUCUCAUCCAACUGAACUGCAGACUGCUCGCAUUCACAAAGCUGUUCUGCUUGUAUCUCAAUUUUUUACCAACUGUGCCAUGGGAAAGUGGUGUGGCCUUCACUUUUGUGCUGCCUCUUCAGAGACGUCACUUACACAUUUUUAAAGCAGCUGGAACGAUUAGCUCCUCUCAGAAUGCUUUAUCUUACUUUUAACAAACCAAAACCCUGUGCAAAAGGAUGUUUUCAGACCCUUUUCCAGAAUUCAUCUGAUAUUGUCAUUUGAGUUUUCUAACUACUGUUUUGCUUUUAUCAUUCAAAUAAGUCUUUCAAUUUAUCUGCAUAUUCCAGUGAGGUAUUGCUUCAAUUUUGCAUGGUUCUUUACUUCAUUGGAUAAUAGUUCUUUAAGUACACAACAUAUUACAGCCACACAUUACUGGAUUCCUUAAAUUCAAAUUCUGUGUCACUCUCUUUGUACUUUCUAUUCCACGUAAAUGGAUUCAGUAUUGUCCAUGGUUUCAGGUUAGGUACUUGAGGCCAUUUUAAAUACUUUUCUAUCUUAAAGUAAUUUACUCACUGACUGUCAGCUACUCACCAGCUUCUUUAAGGGUACCUGUGUUGUGCAGAAACAGACAAUGGCCAGAUUGACAUACCACAAAAAUAUUCUAUAUUUACCAUAUAUUUUAUUUGUUUUUGUAUUUGCUCUACAUGACUCAGAAUUUCCACGAUGCAGUUUUGAGGAGUUUUCAGGUACUUGAAACAACAGGUCACUUUUGCAGUUGAAGAUGGUAAUAGAUCCAACUUCAGGAAAAUGUCAUCCUUGUGAAUUUUCUUUGAAAGAAACUCUUAUCUCCUGAAUAAGGCUGAACUGACGUAAAACCCACCACCAAUUUUGUUAAUUAUGGUUCAGCAUGUUGUGCUUUGUGUUGUACCCCUGUACUACACUGUACCUCAACCUUCUUCAUUGAGUCAUCCAGUCUAUUCACCCACGUACUCUUGCAAAUGUAGCUGUGGCACUCCGUUGCUGGCUUGCAGUAAACUGGUCGCUAUUCAAUCUUUUACUCUGAACCACGACAGAACCUGGCCACUGUGGUGUUGCAGGUUACCCACCUUAAGGUCAGCCCUGUUUAGUUAACACAUUAUUUUGCAGACCUUGCCCAAAGGUUACCGAUGCUCAUCAGAUCCAACGUCUAAGAGCCAUUUAAUAGGGGUUGACUUUGCUCUUAAGUUCUUGCAAAUGCAAAUACUGUACUUACCUUUUGAAUAUCUUAAUCGUAUUAGUUUUGCAUGUGCAUUCUUGCCAUUCAAAUAGGUUGUCAGUGAAAGAAUAGAUAUAUCUACAACUUGGCAAACCUGCUUCUGUAACCUUCAUGUAACAUACUCAGACUUUUAAACUAUUGUUUCAGUCGUCCAGUAUUUAAUGAUUUUAUCAACUAAUUUUGAUCCCAAGCAGCAUCACCUCUGACUUUAGCUAAACAGGUAUGAAAUUGUGGCCCCCAAAAUAUUGUGACAUUUCUGUCAAGUUGAACCUUCUCUCAAUGAAAGAUAACAUCAGAUUUCAGUGUUCAGGUAAGUUUUGGCUGACAAUAGCAAUGAAAACCAUUUGAGGCAGCUGCCUUCUAGACAAAAUAGCAUUCUGUCGUUUUUAAAAAAACACAAUUAUAGUACAACCAAAGAAUAGAAUCCACAAAUAAUUUCUGUAGCUGAAAAAUUCAAAUCUACUCUGAAGAAAUAAUGCACAAUAGCAUAUCGGAAGCAAGGAAGUAACUGGAACAGGUAUGUCAGUGACUUUUUAACCCAGUUACUGCAUUCACAUUUCUUUUCUGGAUUCCCCAAACAAUUAGUCUAAACGGGCAUAAUGGGACUUGUAACAUUGUACGUCCACUGAACUACUUAAAGGGGUACUGCAAAAAGUAUGAAUUAUGGACAUAGAGAAACAGGAAGCAGUUCAAAGUAAUGAAUUCCCAAUAUGGCAAAGUUGCAUCUCCACUCACAGAUGCCUCCUUAGACUUCACACUGUAAUAUCCAAGGGAUUGUGGGUAGAUGCUUCUCCCUAUAGAAAAGAGGAGGAAGCUUGGCUCAGAGACAAGGAUGUGGGGCUGUGUUCCUGGAUGUAAUGUGGGUAAGAAUUUAAUAACAUAAUCAGUUCUGGAAAUUUAAUUUCAAUUAAACAUUUAACCACAUCCUAAACUGUGCAUCAGCUUGAUCCCUUUGUUCAGCCUUUGCAAACCUUCUGCACAUAAUGUCACAAUUUAUCUUCCAAGUGUGCCCAUUCUUCUAUGUGCAUUUCUUCAUAUAUCUAUUUGACAAUUCACUACUGACACACUUUUUUUAUUUUAGUGCAAAGUAGAGCUGCUCCCUCACUCUGACCCUCAAUAAAUGUUGUUCAUCUCUCUGUUUGACAUUCCGAUACUCUUUCCUAUAUGUCACUUCUUGCCAUCCUUGCUGUUGAAGAGAGCACAAUACAUUAGGUAAAGGUGAGCCUGCAGUCAUAAUGUUACUGGCAGCUGGAGAAAAGUCUUUCUUAGAACAAUGCUUCAGCUUAACAACUGACAGGUUUCCAGAAGUGUGGUGAUAACACACUGUUGGUAAACUCUUCAACAUCAAUUAGAUGAAGGCUUAAACCAGUAUAACAGCCACUAAUGUAACUACAGUAUGAUUGAUACACAAGUUAAUGCUAACUAUGAAGAAGUAGUGCAACAGAUAUGAGCAUUGACAUGACCUUGUAGGUCUUUCCAUGGGCAAAAAUAUCAUUGUAAAGAGUGACCAUCUAUCUUCAUGGAGCAUCACGUGCAACAGUCUGAUUUGUGAAUGCAGGUCCUCACAAAUGGUUGCAAUUUUAUGAAACACAAUUAGUAAAAUUCUGCUCCCAAUUCUUCAGUGUUUCACAACACAAUUCUCUAAAAGUUGAUUGCUAGCAGGGAAAUCAGUUGGACCAUGAAAGGUGACAUGUAAUAGAGACUGUGCUCAAAGUGCUCCCAGUUAGUGCCCCAUGUAAUAGUUGGUACCCAAAUGGCUGAGUCUAGCACUACACAGAUGGAGGUAGGGAACAAUCUUUGACAGAACCCUCUUGAGCUUUAAAACCCAAAGGACACCUGCCAAGAGCAUCUGAGCAAUGCAGCCAAGAGCUGAAGUUGCCUGCCUCCUUACAGCUCUGCUGAAGCGAUAGAGUUUGUACUACUUCGGCAGAGCAGAAAAAGGCAAAGCAAUAAGAGAUUACAAUUUAUAGUUGUACAGGGAUAUGCACAUGAGCAUGUUACACAAUGUUAUACGAAGUUGCUGCUUAAUUCUUAAGUUACAUAAAAAAUUAAUACUUGCACCAGUUAACAACAUUUUCAAAAGACUUGACAGGGUGGAUGUCGAUAGAUAAACAGAAACUGCUGCAGAGUCUCUGGACUCGACGUUAACUCUGCUUUUUUCCCGCAGAUUCUGCCAAGCC